UUCUAUUCGAUAGGUGAGAUUUAUUUGGGGGGGGGAUUUUAAAAUGACUCCAAACCUCUGAGCCUGUGGUGGAUUAAAAAUACAAUUGUUAAAUUUACCAGUUAAAUAAAAUGUUGCUUCCAUUGAUUAUGUCCUGAUACAUUCAUACUUUCAGGAGACCAGGAACAGAGUACUGGAAAAUGCUGUCCUUCCUUUUCGCAAUCCAAGCGAUCGACAAGAAUCCCAACAUUUUGUUCAAUGUCACCCUGGGAUACAACAUCUAUGACAAUUAUUUCACACCACAAAUGACCUCGGAGGGUUUGCUGGACCUGCUUUCGGAGGGGGAGGCCAAUGUUCCCAACUACAGCUGUGGAAGGCAGAGAAACACCGUGGCUGUUCUCGAAGCUUUUGGUAUUGACAUCUCCAUCCAGAUUUCAACCAUGUUGGGAACCUACAAAAUCCCACAGAUCAGUCACGGUUUUGACUCCCAGGUUAUGAGUGAUGAAAAUCCUUUCUUCUACCCAAUGCUCCCAGCUGAAGGAGCCCAUUACCAAGGGAUGGUGAUGCUGGUACUCCAUUUCAGGUGGACCUUGGUGGGUCUCCUUGCUCCAGACACUGAGAAUGGACAACAGUUCAUGAGGACGAUGACUUCCCAGCUAGUCAGGAAUGGCAUUUGCCCAGUUUUAUCACAAACCUUUUCCCCAGUUUCACGGGAAGCGAAGAUAGAGUGGCAUUUAUUCCUCAGUUGGAGAAAGAUCAAUGUCUUUAUUUUUGGUGCAGACUUGAGUUCAUUCAGUGUAGGAAUUUUGCUUCUGAAUCUAGUAUUUCAAAGGCUUAUGGAACCUCCUAGAGGAAAAGUCCUCCUAUUCACAAUCCGUUGGGACUUCACUGUUUAUUUGUCAAAACGAUCUUUUCCAGUCGAAUACUUCCAUAGCAUAUUUUCCUUUCCUAUGCAGAAAAAUCAAUUUGCAAAGUAUGGUAGGCCUUUAAACCUUUAUUCUUUUAUGAGAUACUAUGUAGAGACCUCCUUCCUGUGUUUCUACACCAAUGAGGCCUUUUCGGUGAAAGUAUGGAUACAGUGCAGGCAGAGAGAAGAUCUGGAAGCUCUCAAGGAAGAGGAGAUGGAUCCAAUCCUGACUCGGGACAGCUAUUUAAUUUACAACACAGUCUGGGCUGUGGCAAGGGCCUUAAAUGCAGCUUAUUUAUCCAGAUCCAGGAACAUGUUUAAAACUGGCAAAAACAUGAAAACUCCAAAGAUGAAGGCAUGGCAGUUUCAUUCUUUCCUUCGAACUGCUGAGUUUUACAAUAAUUCCAUCAAUGGGGUAUAUUUGGAUGAGAAUGGAAAGCUGGUAGCAGACCUGGACAUUGGGAACACGGUGAUUUUCCCCAAUUACUCUGCUACCACAGUGACACUUGGGAGGCUAGAAAGAGUGGGAUCCUUGGAUUUCAAGUUCAUGAUGAACCAGGAUGCUAUUGCAAAGAUGGAGAUGCUGAACAAGUUAACUGUUCAUCAAACUUCUGCAAGGAAGCUGGAUUGA